ACACAUCUUAUAUUAUAAAUAAUACUUUCCAAAUAUGUCUUUACCAUUACUGUAUGAAGUUACCCUUCCAGAUGGACAAAAAUUCACCCAACCUUCAGGUUUGUUCAUUAACAAUGAAUUUGUCAAAUCCAAGUCCGGUAAGACUCUUGACUCUAUAAACCCAUCCACUGGUGAAGUGAACGGUAGUGUUUAUGCUGCUGAAGAAGAAGAUGUUGACAUUGCAGUUGCUGCUGGUAGAAAGGCAUUCAAGACCGUUUGGAAAAAGACCACUGGUGUUAAGAGAGGUCAACUUUUGAACAAAUUUGCUGACAUCCUUGAACUGAGAAGAGAUUUGAUUGGUGCUAUGGAAGCUUGGGAUUCUGGUAAGACCAAGGCCCAGAAUGCAGUCUUUGACAUUGAUGAAACUGUUGCCGUUUUCAGAUACUAUGCUGGAUGGGCUGAUAAGAUCCAAGGUAGAGUUAUUCAAAAUAAUCCAAAGACUUUGGCUUACACUGUCCAUGAACCAUUUGGAGUUUGUGGUCAGAUUAUUCCAUGGAACUACCCAAUCCUUAUGGCUUCUUGGAAAUUAGCUCCUGCUUUGGCCGCUGGUAAUGUUGUUGUGUUGAAAUCAUCUGAAAUUACUCCAUUAUCCAUUUUGUACUUGGCACAAAUCUUUAAAGAAGCUGGAUUCCCACCUGGUACUGUCUCCAUUCUUUCUGGAUAUGGGGCCACCUGUGGUAAGGCCUUGACUUCUCAUUUGGAUGUUGACAAGGUUGCCUUCACUGGAUCUACUGCUACUGGUAAAGUGAUCCAACAAUUGGCUUCUGCUAACUUGAAGGCUGUUACAUUGGAAUGUGGUGGUAAAUCUCCAUUGAUUAUCAGAGCUGAUGCUGAUUUAGAGCAAGCUGCUAAAUGGGCUGCCAUUGGUAUCAUGUAUAAUCAAGGUCAAGUUUGUACUUCUACUUCCCGUAUUUACAUUCAUGAAUCUGUUUAUGACAAAUUUUUGCAACUUUUUGCUGAUCAUGUUACCAGCGAUUAUAAGCAAGGACCUAUGUUCAACGACGAUGCUGUUGUUGGACCUCAAGUAUCAAAGCAACAAUUUGAAAAAAUCUUGUCUUACAUUGAUAUUGGUAAGAGUGAAGGUGCUAGAGUUGUUCUUGGUGGUGAAAGAAAUGCUGAAGGUGAAAUGGCUAAAGGUUUCUUUGUCAAGCCAACCAUUUUCGCUGAUGUUACCCCUAAGAUGAGAAUUGUAAAUGAAGAAAUCUUCGGUCCUGUUGUUGCUUGUGGUAAAUUUUCCACUGAUGAAGAAGUACUUGAAUAUGCUAACCAAACUCAAUAUGGAUUAGGUGCUUCUAUUUUCACCAAGGAUAUUACCGUGGCCCAUGAAAUGGCUUCUGAAGUUGAAGCCGGUAUGGUGUGGAUCAACUCUUCCAACGACUCCGACCAUCACGUUCCAUUUGGAGGUGUCAAGAUGAGUGGUGUUGGUAGAGAACUCGGUGAAUAUGGUUUAUCUACUUAUACCCAAGCAAAGGCUGUCUUUGUUAACUUGUCCAACAAGUUGUAAUGAUGUAUCGAA